GCUUGCAACAGUUGUACUAUAUAACGACAUGUGACACAUUCAUCAAUACAUUCCUACAUUGAUAGUCGACUAAUCAAGUCGCUUCACUAAAUACAUACAUAAUGUCGUUACUAAGACUAGUCAUCUUCGCUGCCGCAAUCAUAGCUAGCAAUGCUAGCGGGAUUGGCCACCUCGUUCCAGCAGUGAAAUCCUUCCCUAUAGUGCGGUAUGCACCGUUCUACAACUUUCCUGGAGGUGUAAGAUCUAUACACGCCGUGGCUCCAGCACCAAUUUUACCGGCUCCAGCACCAGUAGCCCCAGCUUUUGCUGCUGCUCCAGCGUUCCCCGUGCCAUUGGCUGCUCCAGCCUUCGCACCGGCUCCUGCCCCAGUGUUUGCCCCAGCGCCCACUCCAGUAUUUGCACCAGCUCCAGUUCCUGCUCCGGCUUUCGCCCCAGCGCCUGCCUUCGCCCCUGCUCCAGUUUUUGCUCCAGCGCCCGCUUUUGCUCCAGCUCCCGCCUUUGCCCCAGGUCCUGUCUUCGCUCCGGCUCCUGUAUUACCCAAGCUUGCUCCAGUGAUCCCACCCCUACCACCACUAGCGGCUCGUGCCGUUCCAGUGCUGCCCUCUGUGCCAUUCGCUCCUGUUGUGAGAGCUGUCGCGCCCGCCCCCCCUCCAUUAUUCGCCCCAGCCCCCGUCGCGAUCGCCAAAGCAAUCCCUUUUAACCCUUACCAUAGAUUUGUGGCGCCAGCGCCUGCGAUACCAGCACCAUUCUUCAAACAGGUCGCAUGGAAGUGAAUCUAGUCUUGUAACGUACUCAGUGUAGAAAUUUGUUGU